AUGGCCUUACCUCCAGAGCAGAUCAACAUCAAGCGUCGCCGCGAAGAAGAACCGGUGGACACAUUGUAUAUCCAGUCUGAACUCCACCAGACCAAGCGGCGUUUUACAGACUUUGUCUUCCAGCGCGUCCAGGUUAGUGGCAAUGAUCGGGACAGCGGCUCCUCGAGCCCUGCGUCCCUAGCUGCGCCAUCACGCACACUCCUCACUCCGAGGUCUGUGAGUAGCUCUGCGUUUCCAGCUUCCAGCGGUGCUGCUCGCCCUUCGGGCCCAAGGGCGGGCGUCGGCGCGGGCGUCGGCGCGACCGUGCCUCUGGUUCGAGCUACUUCCCCUGGGGCUGAGUUCCGUGAGGAACAGCGCCUCGCUGCUGUGCGCAAGGCAGCGGAGGAGAAGCUCCACCGCGCACUGCAUUCGUCGAGCGGGGUGGCGGGUGCGGAUCUGUUGGGUUCUACUGCUGUUGACGGGGUGCGGGAGUCUUCUGCGUCGAGCGGGAGGGAGAGUCCCGUUUCCGCGUCGCCACGGUCUGUUCGUCGGUUCCAGAUUUCCAGGUCCAAUACGCCUGUGAAUGUUCUGCGGAGCGCGGGCGGCGGCGUGCAGAAGCGGCGAGGUGACGGGGCGGUCGCGGUGCUGGUGGAGAAGUUACGACGGACUCCGCAUUCGAGGCAGGCGUCGUUGGUUGCCGAUGCGGCAGCGCAAGCUGCGACGGCGGAGGGGGAGGUCCGCGGUGUGAGUGUCCCGGAGCCGGAGCCGGAGCCUGCGCCUGCGCGGCCCAGGAAACGGCCUGUGGUCAAUCAGGCGGAGAGGAAAUGGAGAGAGGAGCGGAAGACUGCCAUCUCCGCUGCGAAGGAGCACAUCUCGCAGGUGCUGGAGAAGGAGGCGCAUGCUCGCAAGAGUAACUGGGAGGAUGAGUCGGAACGGCUGGCUCGCGAGUUUGAGCAGAUUGCCCUUGAGCUGGAGGGAAGUACGGAGACCCAACCGUCGGUGCAGCAACCAGUAGCGCAGACGACAGCACGUCCCAUCAUCCCCAAACCUCCGUUGAAGUACCAGCCGCGCACACCCAAUAAACCUCGAGCGACGACGCCGCGGGAAACGAGCGUUCCUGCAAUUCCCGGCGUCCGGCCUCCGGUAGAAGCCGUGGUGCAAGAGGGGGCCGACAGUGACGGCGAGUAUGUCUACGAUACGUACAUUCGACGACCACUGCCAGAAGGGACGCUACUUACGAACCCGUUGACCGAUCUGGAAACGGGCCACGAGAAGUGGUUCCAACAGAAUGGCAUUGACAGCACUCGUCAGGAUAUUGGAGUCAUUGUCAUUACGCAAGAGGAUGAAGAGUACUGGGAACACUUUGCAGAGGACGACGAGGACGAGGAGUGGGAUAGCGAGGACGCAGAUUCGAAUGCCGAAAACAACCCCGCAAACGACUAUCCGGACGAGGAGCUGUCGUGGGACGAUGAAGAAGACGACCCCACAGCCAUCUACCACAAAUAUCGAACUCACGGGGCGUCUGACGACGAGGAAUUCGACUCUGCCGAUUCAGCAAAUGAGGGGCGGCACGCACGCCGGGUUGGAGUUGGAUUUGGGUUCGGGUUCGACUCGCACGUGGAUUCUGACGAGGACAGCCUGGACGGCGGAGGUCCCAAUCACGAUCGAAUGCGACGGUGGUAG